AUGGCCACAACCAACAGCAUGCCUCCCACAGACGAGGCAGCAACCGAUAAACUGGCUGAGCAGCUUCGCGAACUUCGAGUCAAGGUGACUCAGAAUGCUGAGAAAGUCCGUCUGCUGAAACAGGCAAACGCGUCCGCGGAGGAAAUUGCCGCAGGUGUCGAUACACUUGUGCGACUCCGCGCCCAAGUUAGCGAGCUCGAGAAGCAGUUGGAAAGCACUCGGCCGCUGUACUACCAGCUUCGUUCCCAGUGUGAAAACCUCCUCAAGCGCCGCUUUUUCGUCGUGCCGUCGUACGAAAUCUACGGAGGAGUGGGCGGGCUAUACGACUUUGGACCGCCGGGUUGCGCCCUGAAGUCGGCGGUUGAACAGCUGUGGCGCCAGCAUUUUGUCCUGGCGGAGGAUAUGCUGGAGGUUUCGGGUCCUUGCCUCACUCCCCACAUUGUCCUCAAAACUUCAGGCCACGUGGACCGUUUCACGGAUUUGAUGGUGAAGGACACCGUGACCCAAGAUUGCCUUCGAGCCGACAAGUAUCUGGAGGAGAAGAUUGACGAGCGUUUGAACGCGAAGGAGGGGAUCUCCCCUGAGGAGGCGAGCCGCCUGGCGCUUCUUCGGCGCCAGGCGGACGCGCUGUCUGUGCAAGAAAUGAAGGCGGCUCUGGAGGAGGUCCAGGCGAAGUCGCCGGCAGGGAACCCCCUGUCUGACCCUUUCCCGUUUAAUCUGAUGUUCGGGCUGAAGAUCGGACCCAAGGAUGAGUCAGGCGCCAGCGAAGUCCCGCAUGACGCCCGCAGCCAGAAGGGAGCGGCGUCGAGUCGCUCCGCCGAAGGCCGUGGCUACCUUCGUCCGGAAACCGCUCAAGGCAUUUUCGUCAACUUCCGUAGGCUGUUGGAGUUCAACGGCGGGCGGAUGCCUUUCGCCGCGGCGCAGCUUGGGCUUGGGUUCCGCAACGAAAUUGCCCCGCGCAACGGGUUGUUGCGUGUGCGCGAGUUCCAGAUGGGCGAGAUCGAGCAUUUCGUCCACCCGGAUCACAAGGAUCACCCCAAGUUCCACAUGGUCAAGGACUUGAAGCUGCCGCUCUUCUCGCGGGAGAACCAGCUGACUGACGGGAAAGUCCUGCGCGACGUGACGGUCGGCGAAGCCGUGGCGAAGAAAAUCAUCGACAACGAGACGCUCGGCUAUUUCCUCGCGCGCACGUAUCUGUUCCUGACUCGCUGCGGCAUCGCCGACUCGGGGCUCCGAUUCCGACAGCAUCUGACGUCGGAAAUGGCCCACUACGCAAAGGACUGCUGGGACGCGGAAGUGGAGUGUAGCUACGGCUGGGUCGAGGUUGCUGGCCACGCGGAUCGGUCUGCAUUCGACUUGACGAGUCACUCAAAGGUCAGCAAAGUGGACCUCAUUGCUUCCCGGAAGUUUGACUCCCCGCAAGUCGUGGAGUUCGUCAAAUACACGCCGAACAAAGGCCUCUGCGGGAAAACGUUCAAGGACCGGCAGCAAGCGCUCCAUGAGGCGAUUGAGGAGAAGUCGGACGCUGACCGCCUCGCGAUCGAGGCCGCGCUCGCAUCGGAGGGCAAGUAUUCGCUGGCGCUGUGCAGCGGCGAAGUGUUUGAGAUUUCGCGCGAGAUGAUGAAAUUCGAGAAGGCGACGAAAAAAGUGAGCGAGGAGUCAUUCGUGCCUGCUGUCAUUGAGCCGUCAUUCGGCAUCGGACGCAUCCUCCACUGCAUCAUGGAGCACGCCUUCCGCUCGCGCGGCAUCGUCGACCAGGAAGAGAGAUGCUACAUGGCGUUCCCGGCAAUCAUUGCCCCCACAAAGUGCAUCAUUCUCCCCAUCAGCAGCAAUCCGAGCUUUGCGGACCUCCUCCAGCGCGCGCGAGACGGGUGCGUCGCGCGAGGCAUCUCCGCCAAGGUCGACGCUUCCACGGCCAGCAUUGGGAAGCGGUACGCGCGAAACGACGAAGUGGGAACGCCGUUCGCCAUCACCGUCGAUUUUGACUCGCUGAAAGACGAUUCCGUCACUGUGCGAGAACGCGAUUCGAUGGAACAGAUUCGCGUACCGCUCGCGGACGCCGUCGACCUCGUUGCCAGAAUGAGUCAGGGAGCGCUCGACUGGGCAACCGUGAAGAAAACGCACCCCCUCGUUGUUGUGAAAGAGAACUGA